CAAGACAUUUCACAACAGUUUUCCAGAUUGUGUCACAGCUGGGUCCUAGGGACCCGCCCACAACUCCUUUAUAAAAGUCACUGACGUCUUCCAACCACCAGCUUGCUUGGCAGCAGGUGUCUCCUGGUCUCAGCAUGGCGCUGCUUUGGGCCCUCACUGUCCUGAGCCUCCUUCCCCUGCUGGAUGCCCAGAGCCCCGAGUGCGUCAACCUGACAACUGUGGCCCCCAUUACCAAUGCCACCAUGGACUGGCUCACUGGCAAGUGGUUUUAUAUCGGCUCCGCUUUCCGAAACCCUGAGUACAAUGAGUCAGCUAGAAUGAUCCAGGCGGCUUUCUUUUACUUUGAGCCCAGGCAUGCAGAGGACAAGCUGAUCGUCAGAGACUACCAGACCAUUGCGGACAAGUGCAUCUACAACCGCAGCACCAUAAACAUCUAUCGUCAGAAUGGGACCAUGUCUAAAAUUGAGUCGGACAGAGAACACUUUGCUGACCUGCUGCUCAACAAGCACCUCAGGACCUUCAUGCUUGCUGCCUCCUGGAAUGGCACAAAGAAUGUGGGGGUGUCUUUCUAUGCUGACAAGCCGGAGGUGACCCAGGAGCAGAAGAAAGAGUUCUUAGAUGUCAUCAAGUGCAUAGGCAUCCAGGAAUCAGAAGUCACAUACAGCGACGAGAAGAAGGAUAUGUGUGGGCCGCUGGAGAAGCAGCACCAGGAGGAAAGGAAGAAGGAGACAGAAGCGUCCUAGUAUUGGGUCAGGAUCUGGGGGGCUACGAGGACCCACCCUCAGCCCCCUGCUCACCCUUUGUGCCUCA